GAGGGAGAGCGGCGCCAGUGAGGGAGAGCGGGCCCGGCGUUAGUGAGGGAGAGCGGCGCCAGUGAUCCCCGGCGUUAGUGAGGAAGAGCGGCGCCAGUGAGAGAGAGUGGGCCCCGGCGUUAGUGAGGGAGAGCGGGCCCCGGCGCUAGUGAGGAAGAGUUGGCCCCGGCGUUAGUGAGGGAGGGCGGUGCCAGUGGGCCCCGGCGCUAGUGAGGAAGAGUUGGCCCCGGCGUUAAUGAGGAAGAGCGGGCCCCGGACGCCCGCCAUCAUGGAAGCGCAACCGACGGUCCCCGGACCGCCGCCAGGAUACGGCCAGCAUUGGUACCACAAUCCGAGCCAGCAGCCUGUGGACGUCCAGCCGCCCGACGGCUACCCGCCGCCCGGGCUCCUACAGCCGGCGCCCGAGGCUGCACCGGCAGCUCCAAAACGAAAAAGAGGAAGACCAGCAGGAACGCAGCAAAAGAAAUCUGAGGGAGCAGGAACUAAACGAGCCAAAACGGGAAAAUCAAAAGGAAAACAAGAAAAAAUCACAGAUUCUUUUAAAACCGUGAAGAGAAAAAUUGAUCGAUUCAACGGAACAACUGAAGCUGAGCUUUUGACUAAAACUUUGCCAGAUAUAUUGACCUAUGGCUUAGACAUUGUGAUUAUUGGAAUUAAUCCUGGAUUGAUGGCUGCGUACAAAGGACAUCAUUAUCCUGGCCCAGGGAAUCAUUUUUGGAAGUGCUUAUUUCUGUCCGGUCUUAUUGACGUGCCUUUAAAUCACAUGGACGAUGGAUCUUUACCUGAGAAAUAUGGAAUUGGUUUCACAAACAUGGUAGAGAGAACAACACCAGGAAGUAAAGACCUUAAAAGUAAAGAAAUUCGGGAAGGAGGGAAAAUACUUUUACAAAAGCUACAGAAAUAUAAGCCACGGAUUGCUGUUUUUAAUGGAAAAUGUAUUUAUGAAAUAUUUAGCAAGGAAGUGUUUGGCGUUAAGGUCAAGAAAAUGGAAUUUGGGCAACAGCCGCACCAGAUUCCAGACGGAGAAACCGUGGUCUAUGUCAUGCCCUCUUCCAGUGCAAGGUGUGCACAGUUUCCUCGCGCCCAGGAUAAGGUGCAUUAUUAUAUCAAGCUGAAGGAACUGCGAAAUCAUUUGAAAGGCAUUAAGAGUGCUCCAGAGGUCUCAGAAGUUGAAUAUUCAUUUGACUUGCACAAAGCUCAAGCUGACGCAAAGAAAAUGGCAAUCAAAGAAGAAAAACAUGACCCUGGCUAUGAUGCUGCUUAUGGAGGUCCAGUUGAAAAUUCCGCUGAUACCAAUGGGCAGUGCAAUUUUGCUACAGCUGAACCAGCAACCAGCAACUCUGAAUUCAAUGCGGACUCAACAUUUUGUCAAGUUCCUGAUGGCCAGUGGAUGACCCAGUCAUUUACUGAUCAGAUUCCUUCAAUAAACAAUUAAUGCAAACAGUCUCAGGAAGGUACAUCAUGAAUUGAAGAUAUUUGCAGAAUUUCCAGAUUGCUGCAGUUUUAAUGCAGUAAUAACUCAGUUUUUGAACUGAGGAAAUCUUGAAUUUUUUUAAUGUUUGAACUCUAGAAUUAUGUGUAAAACUAAUAAUGUAGUAAUGUUCAGAAAGCUUAACUCUUAAACUUUUAGAAUUGCCAGAAGUGUUGUAUGGGGAAAGUAGUUUAAAUGAAGAUUUAAAUUUAUUUAAUAUGUUCUGAUAGUCAUUUUCUUCCUGGAAAAAUAUUCUCUUUUGCUCAGCUGUUUAAAUUACAAGGUUGUUAUCCAUUAAUCUUGCAACGGGUUCGGUACAGUAUAGCCUGUACUGAUUGGUCAUAGUGGUGGAUGUUCAAACAAAGGGUCCGAAAUCAACUUUUCAUAGGGAAAUAUAGUUUAGUUUAUUUGGAGCUUUUGCAAUUUAUCUUUUUUCAGAAUGUACACACAUUGAAAUUCUAUUAAUAGCAGAUGCAAUCUCAGAAUUGGUCAGCUAAUUGUAAUUUUGGACCAAAAGCUGCUUUAAAAAAAAAAAUGGAUCCAGGUGCCCAUUUGUUUAUGCAAAUUCACUACAAAAUCAGCAUUCUCAAUUGUGAAAUAUUUGUUGAUUGUUUGGAGUUGCCUAGUUUACUGUCGUGUACACAAAGGUGCAAUGGAAUCCCUUUUUUAAAGAUGCACAUCCUAUACAUGAUAAUGUCAGAUUCAACAAUGAAUGCAAAUCAGAAACACUGAAAACUAAAAUUCCAUUGAACAAAACUUCAUCUUUGGAUUCGGUCUUCACUAAAUGUUAAAGAUACUCAUGUUUUGUAAAGUUAAUAGCACAAAAUAUCAUGUUUUACAACCACAUUGAUGUUAAAAUAUGUCUUUAUUUUAAUUGAAGUUGUUUAAGUGAAAUUAUCCAAAUGAUUCUAAUUUUGAGAAUACAUUUUCUUCUUGUGCUAUUACUUUGGCCUCCAUUGCUCAACAGAAAUAAUUAUUUCUCUUGCAACAGAAUUUUGAAGUAUCAAUAGAUAUUAGCUUAAAAACUUGACAAUGUAUGGAAAAAAAUCAUAAUUUCUUAGGCAAAUUUUAAUUUAAAAAAAAAAAAGAUUUGGAGAGAGUACAACUGCCUCCAGUGAUUUAGGCUUUAAUUUUGUUGUAUUAUUGGUAAAAGAUGAUUUUUUAUAAAGUUGUAAGAUAAUUAAAUGGAGGGUUUAUAAUUAUGAAUUGCAUGCAUUUUGGAGGAAUUCUAAAUUAGUUUAUUUAGAACAUUAAAUUAAACUUGUGCAACAAUUUUUGCAUUGGUCCCGAACAGAUUUAAAUCUGGAAAAUAAAGUUUGAAGUGCUUAAUUUUAGAUGACUGGCUUUGAAUUCCAUCCCCACACACAGUGACAAUGAAAGUGCACAGCAUUACGUCAUUGGAGCAACUUUAGCAGCCACUCCUCGCCCAACCCAUUUUCCUAAAUAUGUUCUGGCCAGUUACCGAGCACUUCUCUCAAUGUGAAAACCUUGGUAGCGUUCGGAAGUCAAGGUACCACACCAUUCAAGCCCAAGACACUGUAGUUCUGGGCGGUAGCACUGUGUCCGAGGUCAACUGUUCCAGGGCCUUUAGGUGCAAAGAUGAGGAUUGCCAACUCGUUUCACAGCCUAAAUGCCUGAUUUAAAAACAUUGCCACCAGUUGUAGCCCCUUCCUUAUCAUAGAAAAUAGGUGCAGGAGUAGGCAUUCGGCCCUUCGAGCCAUCACCGCAAUUUAAUAUGAUCAUGGCUGAUCAUUCAAAAUCAGUACCCUGUUCCUGCUUUCUCCCCGUCUUAAGUAUCAACAUGCUCAUUUUUAAUAUGUCAUUAGUUGUGGAUUCUAGCACACAUGUUAGUGUGACCAAGUAGUUAAAUUGGCUUGAGGCUUGGUUAAUGGUGCUGUCAGGCCAUACUCGCCCCCUGCCCCCCUGCAUGUUACAAUAAAGGCUACAUUCUUGGGUUAAAUUUGAGUCAACUGUGACAUCACAUGUUGUAAAUGCCUUAACCGUUCAUUAAGGGAACCGUUGUACCUUUCUGAGAUUUCCAUCAUUACUAUGACUUUUUUUUAAAGCUGUUGGAAUGAAAAGUUCAGGUUACACCCAUGUCAAAUGAUCGAAUGUGAACUGUCCCUACAACUGUAUACAAUUAAAUGUACUUGAAGUGAAUGGGCAGCUACUGGAAACUUACUAAUGUUGUGUUAUUAUUUACUAGUAAAAUUGGUGCUCACCUCUCGCGAAGGUUCUGAAACCUUGCAAAAAAAAAAAUUAAAAUCUUUUUUUUUUUUUUAAA